UCUUAUUUUGGUGUUGGUGGCAGCGGAUCACUUGUACACUGUGGAACAGACUUGGAUCACUGUAGGCUGAGAUUAUCAGUUACUCGCCUUCUGCAGCUCUGCCACUCGCUGACAGUCAGCCAGUAACCGCUGGAUCGUAGUUCGGCAUACGAACAAGGGGGAUUUACAACCGAACUGAACCUCAGGAGUUAAAAUAAACGACAUUGUAGUUGUUUCACGCCCCAAUGGAUACUGUUCAGAAAUUGGCGUCUGGAUUCUCUGUUGACCUUGGACCACUGAAAGAACCUCUUGGGUUUAUUCGUGUCCUAGAAUGGGUCUUUACCAUCUUUGCCUUCUCUACCGCUGGAGGUUACUUUGGGACAACCCACUUCAAAGUCAAAUGUGGAGACAAGGAGCCACAGGAUGUUAAGGCUGUGUUUGCAUACCCAUUCAGGUUGUCAGCUUACCCAUAUAAGAUACCAUUGUGUAAUGGUGGCCAAUCCAAUGAGACCUACCUGCAGGGAGACUUCUCCUCCUCAGCAGAGUUCUUUGUGUGUGUCAGCGUAUUUGGGUUUCUUUAUUGCACCGCCACGCUAGUCCUCUACCUGGGCUACCAGAAUGUCUACCGCCAGACCACCCGCGGCCCUAUCAUUGACCUUGUGGUGACCGCUGCCUUUGCCUUCCUGUGGCUUGUGUCCUCCUCAGCUUGGGGAAAAGGCCUGACUGAUGUGAAAUUGGCCACUAACCCUGAGCACUUAGUGGAGCAAUGCAAGGGCUUCUGUCUCCCAGGAGAGUUUCCUUCCAUGGGCCGCCUCACUGCCUCUGUGAUAUUUGGCUUCUUGAAUCUGAUCCUGUGGGCAGGUAACUGCUGGUUCAUUUACAAAGAGACUCCUUUCCACAAGGAUCCCAACCCACCCGCCACCAUGGAGGAAGUUGAGGCACCUAAUCCAGAACACUGAGGGUCCUCAGGCUGCACCCACAGUUGAAGGGUUUUUGCCCAACACUGGUCUCCUGCAGUUGUGAUUAAGAAUCCCCAAUACUUGUCAAAAAGAUUUGUCAAUUAUAAAUAGCUGAAGGUAACCUCAAAUCUAGUGGCUGAAAUAUCUUAAACCCAAGUGCCCAUGUGCCCUUGAAAACACUAAGUGUGAAUACAAAGUAAGUUCUUAACACUAUCUACCACAAGACUUUAUGUGACUGUAGCCUGAAACCUAAAAUGUAUGUAAGUGGUGUUCAGCAGAGCAGACCUGUAUAGUAUUUUUGCUUUAACAUCGUCUUCCGUUGAUAUCUGCUCUUUAGGGAGCCACCGAGUGAUGAAAUUGUGAUGUAAGAACAUAUAAUCGCUGCUGGUCCUCUUCUGGAAAAGCGAAAGGACUAAUAGAAGUUGAAAUCAAACAAUUCUCACAUCCAAUAAAAUCAUUUGUUGCGAUAAAAAGCAACAUCCAGAAUAUAUGAAUUAUGUGGGAUAAGUUGCACUCUGUGGUUUCUCUGUUGAGCAGGAUUAUUGUAGGCCCUGCUCUUGCAUUAAUUUAUCUGUAAGAGCAAACGUUACAGCACAGAUUCUAACUACUUUAUUUCAAUUUCAAUAAAUGACUCAGCCUCAAGGUUAAAAUAUGUUGUAUGCUCUUUUUCUUCCAGUUAUAGAAACAGUCAUAACAUUCCCCCACCUCUUGAGUCCUAUGAGAAACACUGCAAUAUGUUAGAUAACCACAUAUUUGUUAAACUUCCAAUUCACUUGGAUUUUCCUAUGCUUUAAGUAGAAAACACACAAACAUGGAAAACAUCACACUCCAAUCUGCUUUACCUCAGGAGGGGAAGCAAAGCUUUUGAAUUUUGAAAUAGUUAUUUUCAGUGAUGUUACAGCUUGUGACAGCAUUUGCCACACUACUGUGUCCAGACCAAGGCAGACUCUCUACAUGUUUACUCCCACAGCUACAUGUAUUGAUGUCAGGUUAAACCUCAUUUAGUUCCUGUUAGUUCAAAAUGUUAUAUUUAAACUACUCUGUAACAGUACAGCUCCCCCUUGUUUGCAAAACAAGACUUUAUUUACAUUAUUAUAUACAGGUUAUUGUAUUAUUUCUACAUUAUUUGGUCUGUUGUAUUUUUUUAAAACCACUGUUGGGUUUAUGUUUGUUUUCCCCAAUGAAAAAUGAUCAGUGUGCAACUUUUUUCCCCCUUACAUUUUCGGUGAGGUCACAUUCAUUGUACCAUUGUGUGUCAAAAGGGGCAAGAUGUGGAUGCCAGAUUGAUGUAAUCCUGCUGUAUUUCUCAUUUCUCCUUCACCUAUUUUUUCUGUACAUGUAACGUGCAGCAUUGCAGUACAUAGUACUGGUUUUCUAUAGCUAAUGAAGAAUGUCAGUUUUAAGGCAUAAUAAAGAAAAAACCACAGACCCUAACCCCACAAUACUAUAUUGAGUCACUGUUGACUCGGAGGGCCUGAAUUACCCUUAUGAAUUAUAUGCGUAUUAAUAGAUCUAACAGUGACUCAUAUGGCAACUAUCUGUGCAGCUGUAUUAUUUCAUAGCCUUUGGAAUGUAUGAGGGACUAUUUGAGGCACUAUAAGUAAAGUAAUAUAAUUCCACAUAUUUACAUUGAUCAUAUAUGCUUAAUCAAUUUUAAAAUAUACUUUUUGCUUUUAGUAGAGCAGGGUGAUAUAUUGAUGCUCAUGUUAUGUUUAUUGACAUUCAACUUAAUUUAUGUUAUGCCUUGUAUGUGCCCACGAAAAAAAUUGGUUUGUCUGUAAUGAUAUGUAAACAUGUGUGCUGCAACUGCUG